AAAAGAAGCCGCGAAGCCGCAGAAGAAGAAGAAACCACAUUUUCACCAUCCACACGCUGGCGGAGGCUACGAUAGCUCGAAAGGCGUCGUUGCACCCUCUUCCGGUGAAACGGCGUUAUUGCCGCGAUGUCAAAUGUUUACAUCCGGUUCGCGUCUUCCUGCGAACGGCGGAUCGGCCCCGGGGUCCAGUCUACGAGCCAGAACGCCUCGAACCAGCGCAACGUGAAGUAUCUGUUGGUUUAUUUGAGAGACUCCGUCGACUCAGUCGCUUUACGGCAGGCGUAAAAGCUUGACGCGGGGUCGCGGCACUGCCGUCAAGCAUAGCUCACACCGGACUGUGAAGCGGCUAAGGGCUUAGCCGGCUAAAUCAGCAGCUAACGGAAACAGACUUCGGUUCUCUUCUUAACACCGCUUCGACACGUGUGGGACCGCGGUCACGUCUAUCUUAGCUGAUCGCCACCGACGGCCCCGUUAAUUGGCGAAGAUGAACAUCCUCCCCAAGAAGAGCUGGCACGUGCGCAACAAGGACAACGUAGAGCGCGUGCGCAGGGACGAGGCCGCGGCGGCGGAGGAGGAGCGCGCGGCCGCGCGGCGCGUGGAACGCGCGGAGCAAGAGGCACGCACAGAGUUUCUGAGAAAGCGGGCCCGAGUCGCUCUCCAACAGACAGGAGGAAGGCCGAAGGAGGAGGACGAGGAUGAAAGGAGCGGCGUGCUGGAGCAUCUCAAUCUUUUCCCUCUGGAGGAGGCUUCUGAGAAGACAGGGAAUGAGGAGUAUCUCCGAGAAAAGAAAGAAGAAAAGGAGAAGCAGGAGCGUGCCAUUGGCUUACUGGUGUCCCUGGGUCCUCAGCCAGGGACGGAGGCCACGCCGUGGUACCUGAAAACUGGUGGCGAAAAAGACAAGAAGACAGAGAAAGAGCGAGACAAAGGAAUGAGAAAAGGGUUAAGCGAGGAGGAGAAAGAGAAGCGAGACUGCAGACUGAAGGACAGCUUGGACCCCUUGAAAGACAUUAGGAAAGCACUCACCAUAAAGGACCGAAAAAACCACAAGAGCAAGAAAAGGGAUAAGCGAGAGAAAACGGAGAAGAGGAGCGGCGGAGAGAGCUCCAUCGAGAGACUGCGUGCUGAGCGUAUGAAGCGAGAGGCGGAAGAGAGGAGGAGAGCCCAGGCCCUGCUGGACCAGAGGGACGGCAAAGGGAAGGACAAGGAAGCAGGGCGGGAGACGGAGGAGAGGGACAGGCCCUACAACAGCGCCUAUUUUCCAGAGCUCGCCCGCAAGCGCCAAAGGAGGGACCGGGACAGCUGGCGAGAUGAAAUUUUGAAGUCAUGAGAAGCUUCUUUUUUUUUUUUUUGCCGGCGGUGGCGGUUGUGUCUGGCCUCUGGACUACUGAGGAACGGGAGAGCGAGGCGUGUGUGGUGGUUAACAUGGAAGAGGAAUCGGAAGAAUACACGUUUAAGAUGCCGAAUAGGCGACUUGUUUUCCCUUCCUCGGUAGCCCUCGUGGUGACGAUGUCGACGGGGUCAAACGAAGCUCGGUGCCACGUCUCCUGUGUUUCUUUUGGGUAUUCAUUUUCUGAAAAUGUAUCAGCGAUUCUGAAAAGAAAAACUGGCGAGUAGACUGAGAAGGAAAUUGGCAUUUUUGUAAUUCAUCUUUUCAGCAGGUUGGACACGGGCCGACUGCCAAACUCGCCAACGGCGGAAUGGAGACUUUCAGAAAGUCCGUCCACCGCCUCAUCUUUCAUGCUGUUUUCGUCAUUGAUGGAAUAAAAAGCAGUUCUGUUCUUUCCCCGGCUGUUGUUUUCACCAGGCUGAAUUGCAGAACAGCCGACAUCCCAAACCGAUAAAUCGUCUCCGACAUGAGUUCAUCGUUCUAGACUCAAAGGUGUAUUUGUUACAUACUUCAUGUACAAGUACUACAAGCAGUGAGAGGAUCUUUUGGCUACUCCAAAAUUUUGCAACAGGAGAAAUGAACGCGGCAAUAAUAAAAUGAGAAUAAGAUAAAAUGAAAAUGCACUACUGUUUUAAAAAGUUAAAAAUAUCCAGGGAGUAUACAGAAAGUAUAUGCUGAUAAGUACAUAUAUACAAUGUGCAGGUCCAUCCAUCCAUCCAUCAUCUGAACCACUCAUCCUGCUCUCAGGGAGGCUGGAGCCUAUCCUGGCAGUCACUGGGCGGCAGGCGGGGAGACACCCUGGACAGGCCGCCAGGCCAUCACACACACACACACACACACACAUAUGGACAAUGUAGUACGGCUACUUCACCUGACCUACAUGUCUUUGGACUGUGGGAGGAAACCGGAGCCCCCGGAGGAAACCCACACAGAACAUGCAAACUCCACACAGAGGACGUCCUGAGACGGCCCCCAAGGUUGGACUACCCCGGGGCUCGAACCCAGAACCUUCUUGCUAUGAGGCGACCAUGCUAACAACUGCACCACCGUGCCGCCCAAUGUGCAGUUGCUACAUACAAUACGAUGAUGAUGAUGAUGGUGAUGAUGAUGAUACUUUGGCAGAUCAGUCUGAAGUGUUUCUUGCAUCGCAGCAUCUCCGUAUUCAAGGCCCUUCAGUGUACAUGGAUCUGGGAUUAAGCUGCGUAUUUCAGGACUGACCGGUGUACAGAAGAGUCCUUCAGUCUAACUUAUUAGAUUGUGGAACCCCGUGUCUCCGGUUUGAUGAUACUGAUUUGUCUUCACUGUUCGGGACACGGUUUGGGUCAGAGACAAUGUUGGUGGGCUCACCUGGCAGAGUGAAUACCACAUAAGGCUGAGUCCUUACUGCGGCGGCCUGGGUUCGAAUCCGCCUGGGCCCUUUGCUGCAUGUCUUUCCCUUUCUCUUCCGUCUCUCUGGACUAUCGCUAUCUAAUAAAGGCGGAAAAAUGCAAAAAAAAAAAAAAAAAACUUGGAAAAAAAAAAAAAGAAAGGCAACGUUGUUGGCCAGGCUCAAUAUGUUAUUAUGGUGGGCUGAUUCAUAAAGUUUCUCAGUGGGGUUGUCCAGCAAUCUGAGCAGAUUUUCAUGUGGCGCUUUACACCUCCUCAGACUGGAGAGGUCACCGAGAUGAUGAUGAUUUCUGUCAAUAAAUGUUGUGUCCAGAUGAGCUGCUUCGACCUGUGAGUUUCUUACCUGGGUUAUCGAGCCUGCAC